AACAGGUUGUUACCAAUCGCAUAGGCCAACCGCCAUAAAACACAGAAGAAGAAAGCAGGUUGUGUCAUGCCAGGGUUGUAUGCCUACACAAAGGAAAUGUGUCCCAGGAAAAUGUGACUCAGACUUUGGUCACUGAGCUGAGGUUCAGUACAGUUCUGUUUUCAGCUUUUUUUUUUAAGUUAACCUAGCCCACUCAAUAUUUAUUUGAUGCCAUCCUUUGAGCUGGUUAAUCAACUGAAAUAUACAAAUCGUCUGUUACGCAGCUGUACUGUCUAGGAGAGAAAACACUGACCCUGGAACAAUGAAGGCGUGAGGCACAAGUGGAGCUGGGCAGCGCUUGCCAUGGGGAAUACCGGUGGCCAUACCGGCAGCAUGCGCAUCCCCCCGGGGAAUGGCCCCCACCAGGUGGGCUGCACGGAUCUCAUGGUGGGCCAUACCACAGAGGGUACUUUCCUCAGGCUGUUCUAUCCAUGCAAUACUCACGAGGACUCGGAAAGACCAGAAUGGAUCCCCAGUCAGGAGUAUUUUAACGGCCUGGCCGACUUCAUGAAGAUCAACCGCUCCAUCAGUGAAAGAAUCUUUAACUACCUCUUUGGACUUUGUACUCAGCCAUAUGUUGCGAGCUGGCCUCCCAAGGGUUCAUUGUUGCGGCUGUGGAGCAUAGGGAACGAAUCUGCAUCUGCGACAUUCUAUUUCACGGAAAACGCAGAAGCAGAGCAGCAGAAGGAGCAGGCUUCGUGUAAACCGCCCAGUGUCAACCCCCCGCACCUCAACCAGCAGUGGAUGUACCAUAGACCUAUAAAACCGGGGGAGAGUGAGUUCCCCCUCAGGAACAAACAGGUCAAGCAAAGGGCAGAUGAGUGCAUACGGGCUUUGGACCUGCUCAUCGAAAUCAACUCUGGUAGCCCAGUGGAAAAUGUUCUGCGCACGCAGUUCGACUUCUCAACAUUAGAGAACUGUAUGGACCUAUGUAAGAUUGCCAUUAUGGGCCAUUCAUUUGGAGGAGCCACUGUCAUUGAAGGUCUGUGUAAGGAAGGCAAAUUCAAGUGUGGCGUUGCACUGGACGCGUGGAUGUUCCCAAUAGAUGAGGAAAUCUUCCCACGAGUCAAGCAACCCAUCUUCUUCAUAAACUCAGAGAAAUUCCAGUGGGUCGGCAAUAUCUUACGCAUCAAGAAGCUGGAUUCUGCAUUCAUUCCCCGUAAAAUGAUUACGAUCAGGGGUACAGUGCAUCAAAGUUUCCCUGACUUCACCUUCCUGACGGGAAAUUGGCUGGGCAAGCUGCUGAAGUUGAAAGGGGACAUUAACCCAAAUGUGGCGAUGGACCUGUGCAACAAAGCCUCUUUGGCAUUCUUGCAGAGACACCUGUCUCUUGAAAGAGACUUUAAUCAGUGGGACCCACUGAUUGAUGGGAAGGAUGACAACUUAAUUCAAGGCACCAACAUUACUGUACCGCAGUCGUCUAUAUGAGCUGUAUCCUCCAGAGGGAGAUAGAGCCUUUUGCUCGAAAAGUUGUUUCGUAUUCCCAGUGGAACUGGAAAUUAAUGGGGAGCAAAAAAAAGGCCAGCUGCAUCCACCCGUACUCUACUCCGUGGAAUAUUAACGGUCCAGCCCAAAAUGUGUGAUUUUUAUGAUCAGGAUAACGUGUGAUGCUUUUUACAUGGAUGAGUUUUAAAUUACAUGUAUAUCAGUACCACUAUUUUUGUUUCUACAAUUUUCAAUCAUACUCAAGUUUUUUCUAGGAAGAAAAGUAUGUAUUUGAUGUGUACUUACAUGUAUAUUGUGUACAAUAAGGCUGAGCCAAUGCUGGGAAAACGUUUGGUUUAUUGCCCUGAAUUGCAGCCGUGCAGGUUUACCAUCACGGACUGCAAUAUACACCUUUAUAAACUGGGCCGAGAACAUUGGAAUAUUCUGCUCAUUAGUAUUUCUGCUGUAAUAAAUUAUUCAUAUUAAUUCAUUAAUUUAUAGAAUGUGGAUGAAAUGUUCUGUGGGUUGAAGUGGGUUAAGGUUUUGUAAAAACAUUUCACGACAGCCCUCCUUAAAAAAGGAUGCAGUCUUCAUUAGACAGCUAAACAAAUUCAAGACGAGUCUUUAGAAAGAUAUCAAUUUCACCAAGAUUGUGAUCAGUAUUCACUAACCUACAACUGUGCCUUACUCUGGUUCCUCACCUUAAUUCCAACAUAUUUUCCAUUAUCAUAAACAUUAUGCCAAAUCCUAUUUUAAUAGUAUUGUAUCAGUAAUCAUGCGUUGUGCUAUAAAUACAUAAACACAUCUGUAGCACUUUUUCAGCUAAUUGAAUUCCAUGUGAUGAGACCUCAGAUGCCAUCCAUAUCCUUUUCCUCAAUGAUUACUAUAAUUAAAAGGAUCACAAGUGAAUGUUUUAAGACAUUCAUUAUAUGUUUUCAUUGUACUUUGCCAUUGUUGAUUAAAAUAGAAAUAUAUAUUA